CUCACCUCUGCUCACCUUGCCUACUUCUCGAAAAUGCCCACUGAUCACACAUACACGCUCUCGAAUAAUAUCGAGAUUUUCUUCACCGACAGUGGCCCUCCGCCAGGUUCAAAUGAUUACACGACUCUUGUCGUCCUUCACGGAACUUGUUUCAACGGAUAUGGCCUAGCGACGCUUCACGACUUUGCUCAUCCACUCAAUUUACGGACUGUUGUCUGGAAUCGACGUAAUUAUCCGGGCUCAACCCGUUACACGGAAUCCGAGCUUGAAGAUCUCAACCAGGGACGGAAGAUUUUUAUGGACAGAAUCGGGGGACAGGUCGGCGAGUUCCUUGAACGGUUCAUUGAGAACGAAAAUAUCCCAAAGGCUACUGGUGACCGUAAAGCAGGAGGUAUCGCUAUCAUGGGGUGGUCUAUGGGUACUGCAUCCGCUCUGGCUAUAUUCUCCGACUCGACGCUGGUAUCUCCUGAAAGUUACUCGAAGCUGGAGCCCUAUGUCAAGGAUUGUGUUCUGUAUGAACCUCCUCAUGUAUCUCUUGGAUACUCGGUGCCUCCGGGCGAAAAACCCUACAUACCAUGGCAAGAUCCUGACCAGAAAACUCCGGAAGACAUAGCCCGAAACUUCGGCCUUUAUGUUAGCUCCUACUUUGACCACAAUGAUGCGAACUCCGCAGACCUUCGCGACAUGGAUACCCAGUCCAAAAUGGGUAGUGAUCCAACGAUAACGAAAUGGACUGCAGAAGAACUUGAGAAAUACAUCAAUCCCGAGUUGUUUGUGACCGUGGAGCUACCCAUGUUCAGCGAGGCUAUGCAGUCGACAUUGAAGGAAUUGUCGGAUCGUGCGUUCUACGAUGAGCGACUUGUUAAGACGCAUUUCCCCAAGUUGAAGCUCACUUUGAUUGUUGCUACAAGAACGAAUUGGCUGUGCCUGUGGGCGCCGAUGAAGACUCAGAAGGAUCACGAUACCCAUGUGGCGGGUGGAGGUGCGGCACGGCCGCUGAAAACUUAUAAAAUUGAGGGUGGAAAUCACUUUCUUCAUAGUGAAAUUCCGAAGACCUUCUUGGAGAAGGUGCACGAGGGGAUAACUCGAGAUGAUUGAUCGUGUAUUUGAAUACGUGAUUCGAGUUGAUUAUGAUUGAGAGAUCGAAUGUGCGCUUUGAUUGUGAUGUUUAGGAUACAUCGGUAGAAAUAAUCAUCUGGCAGUUCGAAAGUUUGGAGAUUGAUACGGAUCAAAUUUAAUGGAAGAUAACGACAGACCAGGUGAAAAUCCCAGAUUCCACCUAAACCAAAUCCCUCAACUGAACAAUUCGGCAGGUAUGAUAGAUCUUUUCUCGCCCGGGCCUCUUUGUUUUGAUUACUGCUCAUACAAGGACCGUUCCAGCGGUAUCUCGUACUAUAUAUCGGCCAACAAAAACGUUACACUUGGAUAAAUCGGGGAUUUGUGAGGUACAGUUAUCAGCCUUUCCGAUCGACCAUAAUGUACGAGUAGAAGUACCUUUCUCUGCCACGCCUUACUAGCUCUACGCCUCAGCAUCAAUUAACACCGUCUUUCCCCCUGAACCGAAAGCUCCUUCCAAUCUGUGGGACAGAGUCGCUCUGAGACUCGGAAGUGACAUGGAAGUAGGGACAGAACCGACGGGAAAUCUUCACCGACUACCUCAUGCGUGUUAUCCUGUCAUGCACAGAGGAGAGAGAGA